UCUUGACCUGAAGUCGGUGAUCCCUCAUAUAUAGUUUGUAUAGAGUCUACUUCCCUAGUCAGCGUUGUUACAGCAUUGGCACGUAGCAUUUAAAAUGCAAGAAAACGUUGGAGCGACUAAUGCCAGUGUGUUCGGCUCAAAAAACAGGGGAAGCCCUGUUGAGGAGUCAUGUUCCGACUGCCAGGAGAUUGUGGGAAGUCUAAAAGACCACAAGGCAAUAUGCUGUGGAAGGAUGGUGGAAUGCCCUUUUCCACCCCCUGGAUCCAAGGCCAGCCACAGAGUGAAUUUAAUAGAUGUGAGCAGACAUAUAAAGGUUUGCCCGUUAAGAGCAAUUGAAUGUCUCAUUGCCGGGUGUCGGUUUAUUGGAAAUGAGAGCGAGAUGGCGGAGCAUAAUUUUACAGCGGCUGAUAGCCACCUCAAACUUCUGCAAAAAGAAUGCAGAACGCUCCGAAAAGCAGCGUUAGUAAAGUUUGAGGAGCUAGACAAAAACUACAAGAAAGUAGAGGAAGAGAGGUAGUCUCUGGAAUGGACAAAAAAAAAGGAGCGUUUGGCGGCAGAUAACCCCAUAUUUUUCAGCCCCGC